AUGGAGCCAGCGAAUGAGGAGUCUGGUCUGGUGCCUCGGACAUCCUCCCCCUCCCGAUCCUCUCCCUCGAACCCUCGUCCCGAUUCCCCGACAGCCGCCGCAUCGUCCUCGGAUGGAGCCAGCGCCAGCAAUGGGUCAUUUCUGCCCCAGGCCCGCAACAAUUCGCCUCACGCCUCGCCCAAAGAUCGCCCCGUCUCCGGUAUAGUUCCGCCAUACUGGACUCACCAUCGCAAUGCGUCCCGUGCAUCCCAAGCAUCGCUCGAUCGGUUUCCAGCCAUCACGCUAGAAGACCAUACGGAGGAUCCAAAUUCGGAGACGAGUCGCGGCCUAUGGGCUCGAAGCGUAUCGGUUAACGAUUAUGUCGUGGUACAAGGCAAAACUGGCAUUGGGUCCUAUGUGGUCUGGAAUUGCACCGUCCAGACACUGGAGGGUGGUCCCAUCACUAUCCGUAUGAGAUACUCCGAAUUCGACGACCUACGAAAACAACUCGUCGCCUCAUUUCCACAUGCAAAGAACGCCCUCCCAGCUCUCCCCCCGAAGAGCGUCCUCUACAAAUUCCGUCCCUCCUUCCUCGAAUCUAGGCGAGUUGGAUUAGAAUAUUUCUUGAAUUGUAUCCUAUUGAACCCCGAAUUCUCUAGCUCGCCGAUCGUCAAGGACUUCCUCUUCGGUAGGAUGUGUUGA